UCUCAUUUCUUUCAAGCUAUAAAGACCUCGUAACACUGAGGUUCUUCAACCGAAGACGACAGAGAAGAACAAUAAGAAGAAAUGGCGGGCAAUGAUUGGGUGAAUAGCUACUUGGAGGCCAUUCUAGACGUAGGGCCAGGGCUCGACGACGCCAAAUCGUCUCUGCUUCUUAGAGAAAGAGGUCGUUUCAGCCCCACUCGUUAUUUCGUUGAGGAGGUCAUCACCGGUUACGAUGAAACCGAUCUCCACCGCUCCUGGGUUCGAGCUGCGGCGACGAGGAGUCCGCAAGAGAGAAAUACCAGGUUGGAGAACAUGUGCUGGAGGAUUUGGAAUUUGGCUCGCAAAAAGAAGCAGCUGGAGGGAGAGGAAGUUCAGCGAAUAGCAAAUCGACGUCUUGAACGGGAAAAGGGCCGAAGUGAAGCAACGGCUGAUAUGUCAGAAGACUUAUCAGAAGGAGAAAAAGGAGACACUGUCAGUGAUAUGUCAGCCCAUGGUGACAGCACCAGAAGAGGAACAAUGCCAAGAAAUAGUUCUGUUGAUGUGAUGGAAAACUUGGCGAAGCAGCUCAAAGAAAAGAAACUAUACAUUGUGCUAAUAAGUCUUCAUGGCUUGAUACGUGGUGAGAACAUGGAGCUUGGUCGUGAUUCUGAUACAGGUGGCCAGGUUAAGUAUGUAGUAGAACUUGCCAGGGCUUUAGGUUCAAUGCCAGGGGUUUAUAGAGUUGAUUUACUUACAAGACAAAUAGCAGCUCCAGAUGUGGACUGGACUUAUGGUGAACCAACAGAAAUGCUAAAUCCAAAAACAUCUGAGAAUACAACGCAUGAGCUUGGAGAGAGUGGUGGGGCUUACAUAGUUCGGGUACCAUUUGGCCCAAAGGAUAAAUAUGUAGCAAAAGAGCUUCUUUGGCCUCACAUUCCUGAAUUUGUUGACCGUGCACUCAUCCACAUUUCUCAUAUGUCCAGAGUUCUGGGUGAGCAAGUUGGUGGUGGGCAACCAGUUUGGCCUAUAGCAAUUCAUGGACAUUAUGCAGAUGCAGGUGAUGCUGCUGCUCUUCUGUCUGGAGCAUUGAAUGUGCCAAUGCUCUUUACUGGUCACUCACUGGGAAGAGAUAAGCUUGAACAAUUAUUAAAGCAAGGACGUCAGUCAAUAGAAGAAAUAAAUACAACAUACAAAAUAAUGCGGCGGAUUGAAGCUGAGGAGCUAUCCCUUGAUGCCUCUGAAAUUGUUAUCACCAGCACCAGACAGGAGAUAGAAGAACAAUGGCGAUUGUAUGAUGGCUUUGAUCCAGUAAUAGAACGCAAAUUGAGAGCAAGAAUAAAAAGGGGUGUUCAUUGUCAUGGCAGAUUCAUGCCUCGCAUGAUUGUAAUUCCUCCUGGAAUGGAAUUUCAUCAUAUUGCUCCUCAAGAGGGGGAUGUAGAUGGUGAACUGGAAAGAAAUGAAGAUAAUGCUGCUUCCCCUGAUCCACCAAUUUGGUCAGAGAUCAUGCGUUUCUUUUCCAAUCCACGCAAGCCUAUGAUACUUGCACUUGCAAGACCAGAUCCUAAAAAGAAUAUCACGACUCUAGUCAAAGCAUUUGGAGAGUGUCGCCCACUGAGAGAGCUCGCUAAUCUUACGCUAAUAAUGGGAAACCGUGACAAUAUUGACGAAAUGCCUAGCACAAAUAGCUCUGUGCUUCUUUCAAUUCUUAAGUUGAUUGACAAAUAUGAUCUAUAUGGUCAAGUUGCAUAUCCUAAACGUCAUAAGCAAUCUGAUGUCCCUGAAAUCUAUCGUCUAGCAGCAAAAACAAAGGGUGUUUUCAUAAAUCCAGCCUUCAUUGAGCCAUUUGGACUUACUUUAAUUGAGGCAGCAGCUUAUGGAUUACCUACUGUUGCCACCAAAAACGGGGGUCCUGUGGAUAUUCUUAGGGUUCUUGACAAUGGUCUACUGGUUGACCCCCAUGAUCAACAAGCAAUUUCGGAUGCCCUUCUGAAGCUUGUUUCAGAUAAGCAACUCUGGGCAAGAUGUAGGCAGAAUGGACUGAAAAAUAUUCACCUUUUCUCGUGGCUAGAGCACUGUAAGACAUACCUAACUCGAAUUGCCAGUUGCAAACAACGACAGCCUCAGUGGCAGAGUGAUGCUGAAAAUGAGAACGCACGAUCAGAUUCACCCGGUGAUUCCUUGAGAGAUAUACAGGACCUCUCCCUCAACCUGAAGCUUUCAUUGGAUGGUGAGAAAACUGAAGGGGGUGGUACGACUGAUAAUGCUUUAGAUGCUGAAGAGACCGAGUCUGAUCGAAAGAACAAGAUAGAGAAUGCUGUUUCUACAUUUUCGAGGGGAAUUUUUGGGGGCAGCCAAAAGUAUUCAUAUGUAGAGAAAGAAGAUAUAUUUCCAGCAUUCAGGAGGAGGAAGCAUGUUUUUGUUAUCUCUGUGGAUUGUAACACAACCUUGGAGUUACUUGAUAUCAUUGAAAAAGUUGUUGAGGCAGCGGGGAAAGACAAGGAUGUAGGGUCCAUUGGUAUCAUAUUGUCGACAUCCUUAACCAUAUCUGAACUUUACUCUCUUCUAAUCUCAGGAGGUUUUAGCCCGUCAGAUUUCGAUGCUUUUAUCUGCAACAGUGCUAGCGAGCUCUACUAUCCAUCUUUCAACUCUGAGGAUAGUCCUUCUGGUCUUCCCUACAUGGUUGACUUGGACUACCGUUUACACACUGACUACCGAUGGGGUGGACAAGACUUGAGGAAGACUUUGGUUCGUUGGGCUUCGUCUGUCAAUAAUAUAAAGGGAAAUCAACAAAUUAUUUCAGAAGAUGAAUCUGGAUCAACCCCUCAGUGUUAUGCAUUCCAAGUGGAUGACCCCUCGUUGAUCCCUCCUGUCGAGGAAGUACAGAAACUUAUGAGAUAUCAAGCUCUUCGAUGCCGUGUCUUACUCUGUCAAAAUGGUACGAAGCUCAAUGUCAUCCCUGGCACGGCUUCCAGAGCUCAAGCCCUUAGGUACCUUUAUGUGCGAUGGGGUAUGGACUUGGCGAGUGUUGUGGUGUUCGUGGGAGAAAGUGGGGACACAGAUUAUGAAGGAUUGAUUGGUGGGAUUCACAAGACCGUGAUAUUGAAGGGAGUUGGCAACGGCUCUCGUAUACUCCAUGCUAACAGGAGUUAUCCUCUAGAGCAUGUGGUUACAUUCGACUUCGACAGUCCUAACGUUGUUGAGACUGAAGUUGGCAACAUAAGAACAUCUCUGGGGAAACUGGGGGUUCUCAAGUAUUAGACAAACACACACAUCAUGCAGCAGAUGCUUUUUUAUUUCUUUUUAUUUUGUACAGCCAAAUACCAUAAUUAACUGCAUCUGCUGCUGCGGUCUUUUAAACACUAUUUUUAUUUCUCCCUCUUUAAGGCUUAGAGGGGAUAAUGGUGUUUUCCCAAAUAACUUAACUGGGGAAUUAAAUUUCCUUAUUUAAACUCAAGUUAAUGGUGUAAUGCCA